AUGCUUCGCGAGGCAUAUUCAGAUCCAGAUUACCAUCGCUCAACUCCUUCCUGUGUGCAGCUCUCAAUAACACUGAAAAUUAAAAGAUUUUUUCGUCGCAUAAAACGCAAGAUGAGUUCCCCGGCUGUUCGCAAAGCAAAGAAAGAGGAAGAUGAUAUAAUUGAUAUGGACAAAGUUGCUGAGGACACAAAAAGUUUUAUUGAUAAAGUUCUUGGAGAUGUUAGCAAGUCAUCUGCUUCUAGACAAUUGGUUAUGGGAACUGCUUCAGGCUGGGUUACAGGAUUCAUUACUAUGAAAGUUGGAAAAAUGGCUGCAGUUGCUGUAGGUGGAGGUAUUAUUUUACUUCAAGUUGCUAACCAUAAAGGUUACAUCAACAUAAACUGGGAUAAAGUUUAUAAGCAAGUGGAUAAAGUAGCUGACAAAGCUGAAGAACGAAUUUCUGGCCAGAGUCCUAAUUGGAUGGAAAAGGUGUUGUUUCUCAUUAGUGAACUGUGGGUUCCUUUGCUCGUUGAGAGAUAUGUGGAUCGCAAGGUGGACAAGGCUGAGGAUGUUUUGAAGAAGAAACAACGUAAAGCUCGUCGUUGGUAUCAUUCAUUUGUAGGAGAUGGGGAAAAUUUUGAAGUUCAGGAAAUUCAUAUUUUUUUGACUUCUUUCAUGGUUGGUUUAGCAGUUGGUAUUGUUACUGGUUAAAUAUUGUGUGCUAUAACUUGGUUGGAUGAACUGUUGUCUAGUCGAUAUAGCUGUGAAAAGAUAUUCUGUUUAAUGAUCUGUUCUUUUCUGAGAGAUUUUCUUCUUCCUGGAGUAUCUUCAUGUAUGAAUUGCUGUAUGUAAAAAUGAUAAAUGAACAGUUCAUUUCUGACGAAGUCUGAAAGUUAGGACUUGUAAAUUUGUUACAGUAUGAAAAGUUGUAGUAUGAAAGUGGGUUCUGAUACUUAAUGAUAUAUAUAUGGAGAACGUAAUAGUGACUGCAAAAAAUUAAUGUAAACCAUAAAAAAUAAUUUGUAGAGACAUUUUAUUGAUUUGUGUCGGCAUGAAUGAAAAGGAUGCGAUCAAUUCUGUAAACUUCUAGAUCUGAUAUGGUGCGACAUGUACGAAAUCUUGGUAAGACCAUGUAGGAUGAUGAAUAAUAAGGUAAAUGGUUCACAGUUAAGGUUCAGAAAGGGAAUAGUUUGGUUGUGUGAAAAUCAGUGCUUUUCACACCUGUGGAUCUUAUAGACACUAAAUGAUGCAUUGUAUAACAUUGCAUUACUUCCAAAAAGCAGCUGCAGACGCAAGAUACAAUUGAAGCUAGUUCUGCACAAUGUAAGAGUUACAAAAUAAUGUAACAAACUUUCUCAAUGUUCUCUCGUACUUCAAGUAGAGAAGACAUGUUGUAUUGAUGUUACAAGAAAUAUAAAAGAAAUUUCUAAAAAUUGA